AUGAUUAUUACCAUAUGGCUAAGCAAGCAUUUAAUAAUAUAUAAAAUAAGAAUUAAUUUCCAAUUAUAGUAGGAGGGACAAAUUAUUACAUAGAGACACUUUUAUUUAACUAAAAAAUAGAAAAAUCAAAUUUUGAUUAAGAACUUUAAGGCCAUAAAGAAGAACCAUAAUAUAUAGAAAUAAAAGAAAAAGUGUUAAAUAUGUGUUAAAAUUAAAGAAUAGAAGAAUUAAAAAAACUGGAUCCUCUUUUAGCAAAUAGACUACAUCACAAUGAUGAAAGGAGAACAAUAAAUUAUUUAAUAUAAGCCCUUUGUACAUAAGAAGCACCUUCUAUGA